AUGUCCACUGAACGUGGCAACAUUUCUGUCAUCGACUCAAGUGAUGAAGACAAUGGAGACGAGAAAAAUAUCCGGAGUAGAAAACAUAAAUCAAAGGAUACCGAAGGACACAAAGAAAAUAAAGUUGCAGAGAAGAAUCCUGUGAAAAAAAUUUUCUACCAUGAAAUAAAAGCGAGACAGCUGCUUACAAUUUUUACAAGUGCCUUAGAUGAUAUAAAGGUAGACUUGGACAAAUCAGAAAGGAGUGGAAAAGAAACUGUUACGUUAUCAUCUAGUAAUCAAACAUUACUGGCUACAGAAAAACAGAAACUAGAUACAUUACUUGACAACUUAAAAUCAACAGAGAUUGAUUGCAAGGGCAUUGAUCCCUCUAAGAUCAGUGAUGUUAUAAAAGAAAACUCCUUCAAGGUUGUAAUCACCGUAAAUUCAAAUGGCAAGACUGUUGCAUACUUUAAUGAAAGUAAUGAAUUGCGGAGGUUAGAGAGUGUGUUGAAAGAUAUUACAAAAACUGAUGUUGAUGAGAAAAAGGAAAAGAAAACAGUCAAUAGGCGUAAUAGAACUUUUGGGAACAUGAACGACACCGAAGCAAAAAAGUCGCCACAGGAGAAUCGAGCAUACGAGAGCCAGCUAGAAUGGAAACCUUCGAACAAUUCACUUGCUUCGAAUGAUUCUAGUGAUUCUAAAGAUACAAGGAACACUUCGUCUUCAUUGGGAGAAAAAGCCGAAAUUAAACAGAUCAUCACACAACAUGGCAUUACUACAAAACUAUAUAAAGGAUCUAUCACCAGAGCAAAAGUGGAUGCCAUUGUCAAUGCAGCAAACGCUCAACUUGAUAACUGUGGGGGAGUUGCUGAAGUCAUUUCGAAGGCUGCUGGUGCUGAAUUGGAAACAGCCUGUAGUAAAAAGAUGAGAGAACGUUCUAAGAUAAAUGUUUCAAAAAAUGUAGUCACCACCGGUGGAAAUCUUCCUUGUCGUUGGGUGAUCCAUGCCGUGGGACCCCGCUGGAGCGAUUACAGAAAUAAAGAAGAAGCUCUGCAAGACCUUUACCAAACAGUGAUCAAUAUUCUUCACAAAGCAUGUGAACUGAAAAUGGAAUCUGUUGUUAUGCCUCCAAUUAGUUCUGGAAUUUUUGGGGUUCCCAAGCAAGCUUGCGCUGCAAUGUACGUACGAGCUUUACUCGAUUUCACAGAAAACAUCCUUCCUGGCCUCGACAAUAAAAUUAAAGAAUUCCACAUUGUUGACAUCAAAGACGAUAUGCUUGAUUCGAUUUUAAUGGAAUAUAAUGGUCAACACGAAAACGGAAGGUCCUAUCUUGAACCUAGCAGUGUUAUAAAACGUCUUGGAAUAGCUUCGUGGAAUACAGGACAUUCAUGGAAGCGUGGUGGUUCUGACUUCAGCAAUAAUAACAAUUUCAGCAGUGGAAAUACUAGUACACAAACAAGAUUUCCAAAUAAAUACCAAUCUGGACAAAACGUUGUUAAAUGUGUGUCGAAUAAAAAUGCUGCAGGCCCUGAAGAAUUUCUCAUAGGAGACCUAUUAAAGGUUUUUGUAUAUAAAGAAAGCAUUAUUGAGUUGAAGAAUAUAAAUAUUAUUGUUUGUGCAGAGGGUCGAGAGGGUUACGGACUGGGAUAUACCAGUAAGCAAAUUAUAGACAAGGAAAAUGAUAAAUAUAAGAAAAGAGUUAAAGAGCUUUUCAAUAAUUCCAAAUACCGAAAAUUUUCAGACGUUCUUCAAAUUGAUUCAGGAAAACUUCAUUAUGAUUUGGUUUUCUUUGCAAUUAUCAAAAAAUUCCCAAACUCAAAACCACUAGAUGAUUGUUUAAGUCUUUUAAAGAGAACAACAUUAAAUAUUUUGGAAAAAGCUAACAAGAAGAAGACUAAACGAACCAAAAAUAAACCACUAUCUCUGGCCAUGCCUUUGCUUGGAACAGGUUCUGUGAAAGACUCGCAGCAUCUUCAGGAAUAUGCAGACGUUAUUUGCAAUUGCAUUUUGGAAUUUUCGAAACAGAUAAAGCAAGACACAAGGCUCCGUGAAAUACAUCUAGUUAAUCCACAGGCACCUGCCACAGAUACACUCAAGAGUGCUUUCCAAAAUCGUGAAUGUGCAAGUCCUAACAGUACUAAGCAGUCAUCUCCUAAACCAUCUGGACAAAACGAUACCAGACGCUGGCAUUUUGAUCCAAAAAAAUAUAAAUACGAAGGAAUGUGGAAGAUACUUGAAAAAACGGUGAUUCAUUUCGAGGAAUUCAUUAAAGCAUGUCCUCAGAAACAACAAACCGAAGAAGAAACAUCAGCUUCUGGAGGAAAAAGCAUAUCUAAAGAAAGUUCUCAGGGUAACAUUGUAUUAAUCGAAUCUUCGGAUGAAGAAACGGAAGACUGUGAGAAAAAACUCGAAUUGGAAGAAAAUCAAGCUAUUGCAAAGGCAGGAGCAAACAAGGAUCCUGACAUUAACGCCCAGGAAAGUGAUGACGAAAACUCAAAAUGCAUUAUUUGUAUGGAUGAAAAGAUGGAAGACCCAGUGACACUAAAGACGUGUGGCCAUUGGUUUUGUAGGGAAUGCAUUAGAGAUUACUUUCAGCACAAAUCUGCUUGUCCUAUCUGCAACACUGUGUACGGGGAUAUGUUUGGUAAUCAACCAGAGGGAACUGCUAAAAUCUACACAGACAAAGACAAAUUACCUGGGUUUUCUUGUCCUACAAUCAUCAUUGAUUACAAAAUCCCUGAUGGUGUUCAAACGGACGAACAUCCAAAUCCCGGUGUUCCUUUCACUGGAGUUUCUCGCCAGGCUUAUCUUCCUGAUAAUGCAGAUGGUAGAAAAAUUUUGCGAUUGCUGAAACGUGCCUUUGAGCACCGUCUAAUCUUCACAGUUGGUUUUUCUCGAACUUCCGGUAAAGAUAACAUAGUCACAUGGAAUGACAUCCAUCACAAGACCAGAAGAGAUGGAGGUCCUGAAAGAUAUGGAUAUCCAGAUCCUGAGUAUAUAGAAAGAGUUAAAGAGGAAUUGGAGGCGAAGGGAAUCACAGAGAACUGAUAAUAAAUGGACAUAUGAUAUGCU